GCGAGCAAGGACCGCUACAACGCGAUGGUGGGGCUUAAGAGGCGAAUCACGAGGAGCCUCUACCUGCAGACCCCCCGUGGCAUGCAGCUCCAGGCUGCCUUGGUGGCAGACAGCGGUGCUCGAGGAAGCCAAGGACUUGACCAUCGCCCGUCGGAAGUGGAGCAGUGGGAAACAGAGCGGCGCCAGCUGGCGGCAGAGGAGGCCCAGUACCAGCAGGAGUUCCAGGAGAGAGAAUGCGAAGAAAAUGAACAGAGCGCCCGAGACGAGGAACUCUAUGAAGCACACCGCGCUGCGGCUUAUCGCGAUUGGGAACUGGGUGACGCAGGGCAGUCGGCGAAUGUGGCGUCCCUGAUCCUGCCGAACGACUUGAAUACCCUGCACCUCACCAUGCAUGUGGAGACUGCCGUCGAGCCCGUUCCUGCAGCAGUAGGCCUGAGAGAAGGAGAUGAGCCAUCGAAUAAGGCGCCCACACUGGAGCCAAAUGGUGACCUCUACAACAAGGCAUACGAUGCUUGGAGACGUGGUCACCUGACGGAUGAUGGGGUUACUCUGGUCUUUGGACAGGACUGGCUCUUCUUGUUCCAGAUUACGAGGGAUGGAGUGGGGGAGGAUACACUUGUGGCAGCUGCCGCU